AUUUAUAUAUUUUUAAAUAAAUAUGCAUUUUUUAAUAAAUUUUAAAAUUUGUAUUUCCCGCCAUUUUGAACAAUUUUUAAUGUUGGUACAAUGUGGUACAAUAAUUCCCUAGAAACUGGUACAAAUAUUUUUUUACUUGUUCGAUCAGAGAUCCUUUAUAAUCUGAAAAUAGCUGACUUUGACCCAGGAAGGAUAAAAUGGGGUUCCCGGUAUAGAAAUAUACCGUUAUUUCUCGACAAUAUCGCAAGCUUUGACCUUUCAGCGAGGUAUUUUGUGAAUUGUGCAAUCGAUUAAGUGGAUGUUUCAAGAUUUGAAAUUCCACGUGUAUCUACUGGUGACUGGUUAAAAGAGCCACAUCGGCUCAGACCAAAUCCAUUACUGAGGGAGAGGCUUAUGGUACUCCGGACGUAGUGGAUAAAAAAUAUAGAGAGAGAGAGUAGAUUAACUCCAAACUCCUCGUGUGAUUCAAGAAGAAACUCAUCGACAGCACAAAAAACAAAUUGAAGACAAACUUUGAGAAAUUCGGGAGUAUUUACGUAUAACAUCAUCAUGAAAAACACUGACGAGCAGAUUGUCGAAGUAAACGGCAGAGACAACGUCUCGGAACCGAGCACGAGCUCUAGAAACAACGACAAUUCGGAAAGACAAGAAUCCGAUGCGAUCAGGGAGGAACAAAUGAUGCCACGAAUGGCUCAAGCAGUUGGUAAUGAAGUAAAAAACUUGCCCAACAAAAAACGCGAAUGCGUAAGCGAAGAAGACUUCGAUGAGGCCAAAAAACCGAAGCUUAAGGAUCUUAUGGGAAAACACAAAGCUGGAACAUCAAAUUUAAACCAAGAUAUCGGGGCUGACACAAAAUCGGACUUCAGAUUCAAUGACUCUAUAAAUGACAACCACUUGUCAGGGUUUUUAUGUGAUUUAAAAAUAAACGAGGAUUUGAAGUCUGAUGGCAUCGCAUUUAAAGAGGCCUCGCGAGGCCCCUUUAAGUGCGAGGCCGUGGGCGAGGGCCCACUUCGCCUACGCCUAGCUACGCCACUGGCCAGCACCUCCACCGUCUACGCGAGAGAGAGACCGCGGAGCAAUAACGAGGAGCAAGACAACAAGUCUCAGAUAAACAAACAAACCCCUCUCACCACGGUGACCAACGUGGCAACGGCGCCGGCGCUCGAAGCCCAUCCCCCCUGCACCAACAGAAAAAAAUCCCGGAAAAGAAAAGCCAAAAAUAAUAAAAAAAAGAAUAAAAAAAAAAAAAAAAACCUGUCGAUCCAGCCUAAUCAGAUCGAGGACCAUCAGAAAGUAGAAUUGAGAGGUCAAACUCAACCAGGAUCCUCAAAUGCUAAUCAAGGUAAUCAGCUAGAUAAUACUCAGCCUGUAUCAAGACAACAGUCACCAGGUUUGUCAGGUGAUAGGUUAAAGAGAUCUGAUAAUGAUCCUAAUCAGGCAGCCUCUUCUCAGCGAUCUUCUCCUGACAUUGAUAGUGAUGAUGAAAGAGAAAAAAAUACGGAGCUAUUUUCUGCUAUAAAGAAUGGUAAUAUGCAAAAAGUUCAGGAGCUGCGGAAAGCAGGACUAAAGGUUAGCAUUAUUGAUAAAAAUAAUAAAGAUAAUACCCCUUUACACUAUGCUAUUGAAAGGGAAAAAAAAGAAAUAGCUGAAAACCUACUGCAAGAGUGGAAAGCAGAUAUUAAUGCUCCAAACAAUAAAGGUAAUACUCCUCUACAUAUUGCUACUUCUAAAGGUAAUAAAGAACUUGUGCAAUUGCUUAUAAGUAAAAAUGCAAGUACUAAUAUCAAAAAUAAUGAAGUUAGAACUCCACUGGAUAUUGCUAAGCAUCUUAAAAGGCAAGAUAUUGUACAAAUAUUAGAACCACAAAUUCAGCCAAACCUACAGGCUUCUGUUGGAGAUAAUCAGCAAAUUGGUAGCAGCGUUCAACAACGAUCGGAUAAAAAGAGACCAGGAAUACAAGGCCUUCAUGGUGUGAUUUAUCAAUUAAAAUUAUUAAUGCUGUUUUUAAAGCGUGGAGUGGAUAAUCAAUACUCCUUUCGCUUAAGUACAGAAAAAAAAGAAGCUAAUAAAUUUGAUGACUUGUUUUUUGAGGUGACCAAAAAUGGUAAAAAAGAGUACCGUCUUUUACAGGCUAAGCAUAAAGCCGAUGAAUCCAAGAAGAUUACAUUCGAUAAUCUGUUAACAGAAAGCGAUAGUGAUUAUAGCCUAGUUAAAUACUUCCUUUCUUAUAAAGACUCUAAAAAGGAAGAAUUAUUCAAGAAUGGAAUUAUCAAACAUGUUACUGUUUGUACUAAUAUUAACUUGGAUUUAGAUGAUAAGUAUGAGUUAAAUGGUGUUUCUAAAACAAUUAGAGAAGUAGUACAAAAAAUAGAAGAGAAAGAUAACAUUCUAGAUAUAGAUAGUGAAAUGUUUGCUAAAGAAGCUGUGCGCUAUCGUUUUAGUGAUAAUGUAGCUUUGCUGUUAAAACCAAAAUUAGAACAUUAUAAUUGGACCAGAUUAGCAAGAAGAUUGGCUGAGUGUUUUUUAAAGAACAAUUCUAUACAACAUCAUCAAGAGCAUGAUAUUUUUAAGGUUUAUCAUACUGUAUUAGCAAAAGAAGUCAUUCAUGUUAAAGAUGAAAAAUUUCACGAUAAAUUUAUAGAGAAUAAAGGUAUAUCUGAGGAUACUCAGAAAUUUAGAGAAGCUUUUGCAAAGGAAAUAAAAAAGCAAUCAAAAGGGGCACUAACAUUAGAACACAUUAAUUUAGCAAUUUCUGAAAGAAAAGUAGUUGAUAAUAAACAGGUUGGUUUAAAGUUAUCUAAUAAUUUUGGAAGUGGAGAAGAUAAAAAUUGGCCAAAUAAUGCUAUUUCUGAUAAAGAUGUAAACGAUUUUUUAGAUUGCUUAGUGUUUGCAGUAAACCAACCUAAUGAAGAUCAAUUAGGUAAAAUUAUUGAAAAUGAAAUAAGUAAGGAGUUUAACUUUGCUGCAAAGGAUUAUGUGUAUAAAAAGCUUUUCGAAAAAAUGUUGGAAUGGUUAAAUGGUAAGGAAGAAGAGUUUUUCUCAUAUCAGGAUGGAAAGAGUUUCUUUGAAGAAACGAAGCAAGAAUUGGAAUUAAUUCGUCUUACUCUGGAGUAUGAAUCUAAAGUUAAAAAAUUUGGUUUGGAGUUUAACUCAGAUGCAGUUCAGGAAAUAGAGUUGUUUCUUGCUGCCAAAGAUACUAAUAAACAAGUUUUUAAUGCUAUUACUCAACAAAAUACACUAAGUGCUAUUAAAGUAUAUCAGGUUUUACAAAACAAGAAUUACAUUUUUAUGCAGCUAAACUCUAUCUUACAUCUCCAAAAUCGGGUAAUACAGGCUUUUGAGGGCAGUAGCAAUUUAUUAGUAAUUGAUUGUAAGACUAAAGAAAAAGAAGAAGAUAUACAAAUACUAUAUGAUCAAUUGUCCAGUAUUAUACAGUCUAGCUCUAAUAAAAAAGUUGUUCUGAUUACUCAAGGAAACGACCUUCUAGCUAAUAAGUUUAAAUCUACUUUAAAAAAUAAAUAUCAAGAAAAAAUAGAUGAAAAGAAUAGCUUACUUAAUCUAAAUCCUAAUUCACAAAAAAUAGUUCUAGAAAAAGGAAAAGUUAUAUUUCUAGGAGAAGAAGGGGUAAAUUUAGGUAAAUUAGUAAAUAAUAUUGAGACAAAAAAGCUAAUAGAUGGGGAAGUAUUAUCUAAGCUUGUGAAUCUUGAGGAGGUAAAGAUAGGUAAAGCACUCAUAGAUUCAAAGUAUGAGGAUAUUAAGGAUUAUUAUAUUCCCCGAACAUUUAAUCGCCAAGUAAAGAUCAAAGAACUUUUGAAGAACAAAGACUCUGGGUUUCUUGUGACUGAUAGCAAUAAAUCUGAUAAAUUGAAACUUCAAGAAGAUCAAGAUAUAGUAUUAAUUUCUGAUACAAAGGAGGGUUUUAAGCAUUUAUGUGAUAAUCACAAAAAACACAAUAUUCAUUGGCUCAAACAGGAGGGAGAUGAUUUGAUAUGGCAGAAAUCUUAUGGUACUCUAUCUAAAUUAAGAAAGUUUGUAGAUACAAAUUCACAAGCUAUUCAGGAGUAUAAACCAGAGGGAAUUACAGAUAUAAAAGACAGAGUAGUCAUUAUUUCUGCUGAACCUGGUAUGGGUAAGUCUACUGUACUGACUCCUUUAGCAUUAAAGGCAAAAGAUUCUUUAUGGGCUGUGAGGAUUAAUUUGUUAGAUUAUUCAAAUGAAUUUAAAAGAGAAAUAGACAAGAAAACAAAACUUAACGAGGCAGAAGCUAUAAAAUUCCUAUACAGGAUUGUAUGUUUUCAACUCUUUCAAGGGGGAAAAGAAGAAACAACAGAGAAAAAAGAAGAAAGGAAACAAACGAUAGAAAAGGUUCUUAGUCUUAUAAAUGUAAAAGACAGUGAAGUAGUUUUGAGAGAUUACAGAGAAAGAAUUCAGGGUCUGAAUUUGUUUGAAAUAAAACUAUUUAAUAAUUUUUAUAAUCAGGGCAAGAUUGCUUUACUGUUUGAUGGGUUUGAUGAGAUUAGCCCUGACUAUACAGAGAAAGUUAUUGAGUUACUGCAAGUUCUAAAAAAUUCUAAAGUACAAAAGCUAUGGAUAACUACUCGUCCUUAUAAUUUUAUUCAAGGAUCACUAGAAGAUAAACUUAGUGUAUUUUCAUAUUCAUUAAAGCCACUCCUUCUCGAAGAACAGAAAGGUUUUUUAAGGAAAUUUUGGAAAGAAAAGUUGAAACUUAAUGAAUUGGAUGAGCAACGCUCAGGAGUUUUUAUUGAUGAAUUACUAGGUAAGCUUCCUAAAUCCAUAGAUUUUAUGAGUAUACCGCUACAUGCAUCUAUGGUUGCUGAAGUUUUCAAAGAUGCAUUUAAGAGUUUUUAUGACUCUAAUGAGCAGGAGCUUUCUGAUGAACAUAAAAGGGAAAUUGAAGAGAAGGACUUGGCUACUUUAUAUGACAGAUUUAUUAACAUAAAGUUUUAUAAAAUUCGCUUUAAAGAAAAGAAGCCUGGUAUGAAUAAUUACGAUCCAGAUUUGAUAAGUAUGGUUGAUAAAGAACUCAAGAAAUUUAAAGAAGAUCAUUUCAAAUUAGCCUUAUAUGCAAUCUUUAACGAAAUUGAAGUAGAGGAAUUGCUUUCUCAAGAGGAAAUAGGAAAAGUAACUGAAUUAAUUGAAAAGAUAAAGGAAGCAAAAGAAAAGUCAGGAAUAAUUGAUAUUAUUAUUAAUGAUAAGCCUAGAUUCGUUCAUCUUACUUUUGCUGAAUAUUUUGUUGCCAGUUACUUUUGGGAAAGUUUUAAUUCAGUUCAAUUUGAUAAAUUUGAGGACUUUGUUGAGAAUAUUAUAAUUAAAAACCUAAUUAAGGAUGAUAGGAUAGAAAUUUGUAAGUUUCUUCAACUAAAAGCAAAAAAAGACAGCAACAUCAACUUGCCUGAUAAGCUGAGAACCCUACUCACAAAGCUUCUUGAUCAAACAACACAAUAUAAUCAUAAAGGUAACGGUAAACAAUCAACCAAACUGUUAUUUGGGAUAGUUGAGUUUUCUUUUUCGACAAAUAAUGUAGACGUUAUUGAGAAUAAUGAUCAACUAAAAUUAUUAUGCGUAUCUGCUGAAAUGGGGUAUAUAAAACUUGUUGAAGCCUUAGAAACAACACUUAAUAACAGAUUUUUAAAGGAAUAUCUAAAUUAUGAUAAAUGGUUCUAUAGUCCCUUAUGGUUAGCGGCUCAAAAUGCUCACCUAGAUGUUUUGAAAAUUCUCGUUGAAAAUUUUUCUUAUAAGUCUAGUUGGAAGGAUCAGGAUUCAAAUACUUUAGUUCAACGUAUAUUUGAGACUGAUGAAUUUGAUGUUCUUAGAUCUUGUUUAAAGCUAGAUAUAGUUGAUGGUAAACCUUAUAAAGAUUUAAAUAAUCAACAAGCAUUGCCGAUAGUUGAAGUUUUUAAGGAAGUUGCUCCAUCAGAUGUAAUUGAAUUGUUAAUAGAAAAGACUGAUAGUAACCUUGUUAAUGGAUUUAAAUAUCUUGUAGGUAGUAGUCAGAUCUCCGCUGCCAAAUUGAUUGCCGUACAAUCCCUCAAAUAUGAUAAAGAAAUAACUGAGCUCGCUAUAAACAAGGGUAUUGAUUUCUCUGAUGUUACAAAUCUAUUGCUUUAUGAAUAUGGUAUAGAGAGCUUAAAUAGUCCUUUAAAUAAACUGAUAUAUGCUCGUCAUAGUCAGCUUUCUUUUCAUUCUGAUAAAGAGUUUUUGAAUUUAUUUGAGAGAAUCGAACUGUUACUAAAAGCUGGUGUAGGAUAUAACUAUUUUGAUAUUCAAUAUUCAAGAUUUACAUUACAAUAUGCUGAGCAAAUACACUACAUACAUAAGCUUUUAUAUAGAGUACAUAAAUUCCACAUUAAUAAAAGUAGUAAUCCACUAGGCACUAUACUAAAACUAAUUAUUGAUAAUGUAUGUAGUUCUCCUGACAAAGGUUAUAAAUUUGUUUGGAGUCACCAACAAGAUAUAUCUUUAUUGCUUUUUUACAAGGAUAAAUCAUCCAAAUGUAAUAGAAGCAUACAACUUCUACCAAAACCACAUAAUAUACCAAAACUACUUUCUAAGUUUUAUGAAGAUAGUAAUGUUAAUCUAGUAGAAAAUGCCUUAGGUAAAGUUCGUGAAUAUAUAACUAAUGCUAAAGAAGAAAUAAAGGCAUUCAAACAGUAUUCUGGUAGCAAGAUAUAUAAUAAAAUUUUGAUUGGUUAUGAAGAGAUGCUUGGUUUUAAUGUCUAUAGAAAAGAGGAAGCAGGGUCAUAUCAAUCUCUUGAUGAGCAUGAAAAAGAUUUGCUGGAAUGGGUAUUGAAUUUAUAUAUAAGACAAGAUUAUAAAAUUAAUGAUGCGUUAAAAGAAGUAGAAGAAGAAGUAUUAAGAUUUAAAGAAAUAAUAAAUAAGCUAAAAGAAAAUUCAGAUGAUAAAAAAUAUAAUACUGAAGAAAUACUGGAUAUAUUGGCUAUAAAAAGCAUAGAUACAAAUGAAGAAUUACAAAAUUUGAUAUCAAAUAUCUAUGAAUGUGGUGGUAUUGAGUUUUUGAGUAAAACUUGGUCGAAAUUAUAUGGGAUAGGUCAGCAAAGAAUAAUGGGAAUAUUAGAAUUGAUGUUCAAAUUUGCUGAUCAAUCAUCAAAAAUUUUUGAAUUAUUAAAGAAACUGGAUGCUUCAUAUAAGAAACUUACUAAGGCUAUUGAAAAUAAAGACUAUCAAAAGAUAAAUAAUAUAUUACAAGAUAUAGAACCUGAUUUCAUAAAAGCAAUUAUUAAUGGUCAAGAUGAUGAAUAUGGUUCACCACUACACUAUGCUGCUUCUGAAGGCGAUGAAAAAGCCACCACAAUCCUUUUAGAGCGUAGAGCAAAUCCUAAUCUUAAAAUGCAAGGAAAUGGUGUAUUAUUAAGUACUGCAGAGCAAGAUUUUCAAGGUUGCACACCAUUACACGUAGCAGUCUUCAAUGGCCAAUUAGAAGUUGCUGAGAUUUUGGUAAAAUACGGCGCUGAUGUUAAUGCUAUGAGUACAGGUUGGCAAGGAGAAACGCCUCUGCAUAUGGCUGUUCAAAGUGGAAAGUUGGAUGUAAUUGAAUUCCUUGUUGCAAAAGGUGCUAAGGACAAAUUUAAUGCUAAAUUAGAAGUUGUGCAAUUUCUAUUAAAGAAUAAAGCAGAUCCUAACAUUCAAGAUAAAAAUGGAAAAACUGCUUUAGAUCUAGCUCAGGAAAGAUUAUCUCAAGAUCGAGAAAACGAUAAUUUGAAAACGAUUACAGACUUACUUCUCAGUGUAACAGAUGAAUCUCAGCAUCAAGAAGAACAAAGAUUAAUUUUAUUAGAAGAAUGUUUACCGAGCACAAGACACAGUAGAAGAAAAAGAGAAGAUGUGGAAGAUGUAGAUGAGUUUAAUGAGGAAAAAGAUGAGAAAAGGGAUUUUAGUAAAAUUAAGAUAGAUAGUGAAAAAUUUGUCAGUUACAUUAAAGAUUUACCAUAGGAAAAGCAGAGUCAGCUAAGAGUGGCUAGUGGGGUAAAAGUUACUGGUGAAUCUCAAAGUUUGGUUAAUAAGCUCAUUAGUAAUCAAAGUAAUCAUGAUAUCCUCGUCAAUAAACUAAAAUAUUAUAAUUUCAGCACUGAAAGCAUAUUAUUGAUAAAAUCCUACUUAAGUAAUAGAUACCAAUAUGUUAGUCACAACAACAAUAUGUCUGAGACCAAAAAAAUAAAAUAUGGAGUACCACAAGGUUCGAUACUUGGACCUGUAUUAUUCUUAAUUUACAUUAAUGACUUACCUAAAGCUUCAGCUAAUACCAAUUUUGUCUUGUUUGCUGAUGACACGACAUUAAGUAGAAGAGGUAAAAAUUUUGAGGUUCUUGAAGAGGAUAUCAUGGGUGCGCGGCUGGAUGUUGAAUCGUGGUUUAGGGCAAAUAAGCUUUGUCUUAACUCGGAUAAAACUGUCAAAAUUACAUUUACCCUAAAAAAUCACUGCAAAAUUGAACAAAAUAGUGUUAAAUUCUUGGGGAUUCACCUUGAUUCAAGGCUUUCCUUUGCAACACAUAUUGAGUCGGUCUGUAAAACCUUGUCCAAAAAAAUGUUUCUCUUUAGAAAACUAAGGGAAUCUGUUUCUCAGGGUACUCUAGUGAAUGCAUACUUUGGACUAGUUCACUCCAUUUUGUCCUAUGGCAUUCUAAUCUGGGGUCACUCUCCUAGAACUGCUGAGGUAUUCUCGAUUCAAAGGAGGGUAAUAAGAAUUAUUUGUAAUCUAAACUAUAGAGCUGAUUGUCGUCAAUCGUUUAAAGAUUUAAACGUUUUAACUGUCCCUUGUCAAUAUUUAUUAAAUGCCUUGGUAUAUGUAAAAUCAAAUAUCAAUAUUUAUACUACACAAAACAACAUACACCAUUAUCAAACAAGAAGUAGAAAUAAUAUCCAUAUUGAAUUCCAUAGGAUAAAUAGAUCUAGGGAUGCGUCAAAUUACUUUGCUCCUAAUUUCUAUAAUAGACUUCCGAAUGAAAUAAAAAAGUUACCCCUAAAACAAUUUAAAGCACGUCUUAAGAAACUUUUACUGACUAAAGCGUUUUAUUGUUUAAACGAAUUUUUAACAUGUGACCUGUCUUUGUAAAUUUUAAUAUUAAAAUUAUUACUUGUUUUUUUUCCUGCAUAAUGUUAUUAUUUUAGAUCUAUGAUCAAAUAUUUGAUGUAUAUGUCCUACCUUAAAUUUUAAAUUUUUGUAUUGUAUAAUUUCUUUUAACAUUUUUUUAAUUUGUAUCUUUUCCUUGACUUGUGUAAAUGUAACUGUACAUAUUAACAUGAAUAAAGAUUAUUAUUAUUAUUAUUAUUAUUAUCAAAAAAAAUCUCAGGUAUGACCAUGCACGGAAUGAUGGCUAAAAAUGUUCUCACUGACCUUUUAAAUGGUAAUGAUCAAGGUGUAGCAGUAAAUGUUGAUUUUAUAGCAGGUGGUCAACUGGCUGCUAAAGUUGCUGAAGUUGCAUCUCGUAAAGGAUUAAAUUUACUCUCAGAAGGAAAGGCAUUACUUGGUAGAUCUUUAAGAGUGGCAUCACCUUUUCUUGCUCGUGGUAGUUCUGCUUUUGUUGUCUAUGAUCUAGUAAAUCAGAUAGAAGCUUUUAAAAAUGGUACGGAAGAAGCACUAGUUGGUGUAGUAGGAGAUAGUAUUUACUUGGGAGUUGACGCUGCAGAGAUUGGUGUGGAAGAUGCUGAAGCUUUUGGAGUACUUAAAGGAGUAUCAAGUGUUACUGGUCCUAUUGGAGCUACAAUUGGCGCUGUAGUAUUUGUUGGCACUGAUAUUUAUAUGGCAGUAAAGAGAGUUGAUAAAAUUGAUCAGAUUAUUCAUCUAACUGGGAAUGAGAAGUUUGUUGAAGGUUUACGUGCGUUUAUAGGUAUUAAGCCUGAGCAGUAUACAGAAGAGCUCAUGGAGAAAAAACAACUUUAUAAUCAGUUAGUUAAGCAAGGACUUGAGUAUUUAAAACAGCAUAGUGAUAUUCAAAGCUAUGUGUUCCCUACUGGUAAGUCAGUUGUAGAUUCUUGUCGUAAAGUGCCAGAAGAGGUAAAUUCGUAUACUAUUGCAGGAUUCACAGGUGCACACCUUACAUUUACACGUUAUACCGAGAAAUGCACAACUAAGUUUGAGGUAGAUUUAGAAAGUACAGUACUACUUGAUAGAAAAAGAACGGGUAUAAGAUGGAGCAGAGCAAGGCCGGAUGAUUUAAGUGAUGCAAAGUUGAUUUGUCUGCCACAGGGAAAUGAUGAGCCUGCACCAGAUUAUGGAUCAUAUUUAUGUGAAAAUGCAAUUGGUAUAUUCGCAAAUAAAAAAUAUCAGUAAAAUACUUAAUUCUGAAUUAUAAUCUCAAAUUUGUAUCCCAUUCAUCAGUACCGUGUCGUCAGUUCCAUGUUCGAUGUUUCAAUUUAAAUUCUGCUUGCGCAUUAUAAACUCAUAUAAAUUUGGUGUGGUAUUAUUUGAUUUUAAGAUAUUUAAUGUAUAAUAUGCUCAAAGUUGCAAUAAAUCUUAUAUUUUCCAAUAAAUUAUGUAUUUAAUUAGUACCCUGGUAUACUCGUCACUUCCCUUGCAUUCAAAUUUAGAAAUCACAUAUAUUUCAGAAACUGUUUGAAAAAGUGACUGGCCCGGACUGGAACAGUAUAUUUAUUAUAUUAUCUAUGUUCUCAUAACAAAAUACUGUUUAAUUUUCUCCGAGAACUAUAUAAACAAAAUGAGGUCAAAAGUUGCCCAACUUUUGUAGAAUCACCCAAAUAUCAUUUAAAUUAUUAACUUUAAGUAUUGGGAAUAGUAACACCAAUCUAAAGUUUUUUUUAAUUUACUAUUCAACUCAGAAUUUUAUGUUUAAUUUAAAAAUGUAGAAAUAUAUGGGGUGUUCCAUUUGAAAUAACAAAGUUGAUGAAACUUCCGGUUAAACCGGAAGUGGCGUUUUGUUCUAAAUAUUUUUAAAAAUUAGACUUUUUCUGUUGUCCAGAAACUUUGAAUUGACUACGAAUGUGAAACACCCUGUAUUUUUAUUAUUUUGUUCUACAAAUGACAUUUUUUGUAUUAAUAUUUAUUUACCACAAAAAGUAUCGACGUAAAUUGUAACUUUUU